UGUCAGGCUGCUGCCACUCUGGGAAGACUCACUGCUAAUGUGACCGUAGGCACCUUAUGUGGGCCCGCUGGUGUUGUGGAGAUCAUGGAGGGAGGAAGUAGGUUGAAUCCUUCAUCACAUUUUUCACCUGUCACAAAGAUGAGGAUGUUGCUCAGGUUCAGUCUCAUCAACUGAGUCUGCAUGUCCCAGAUGGUACAAUACUGUUCUUCUUCUUGUGAGGAAGCAUUGAAAAAAUAAAAGGAGAAAGGUGACCCUCAGAAGGAGGAGUGACAUCUUUAGAGAGUAUCCUCCAACCCGUUCUUAUCUUCUCUCAGUACCUCAGGCCUCGUGAGGUGGACAUUAUGCUUCUUAGUAUUCCCUGACACCAAUUCAGAUGUGCCAAAGGAAAGUGUGGUGUUUCUGCUAGAUGCCUGGAAACCAUCUCCCUUUUAAGUUAUACUCUUGUAAUAUUUAUAGCUGUGUUUUAUCCUAUACAGAUCGCAUUAUACCUCCUUCUUUCACAAGAAAACUGAAAGAAGUUAAUGGUCUCUCUGGUUCUUCUGUUGUGCUGGAUUGCAAAGUGUCUGGGUCACCACCUAUUUCUGUUUCCUGGUUCCAUGACGGACAUGAGAUCACUAGUGGAGACAAGUAUCAGACGACUCUCUCAGACAAUACUUGCUCUUUGAAAGUGAACACACUAAAGGAAUCUGAUAUGGGAACUUACUCAUGCACAGCUACUAACGUAGCUGGAUCUGAUGAAUGCAGUGCAUAUUUGACUGUUAGAGAACCUCCUUCUUUCGUGAAGAAACCUGAUCCCCUGCAAGUUUUAUCUGGGGCAAAUAUAACUUUUACUAGUAUCCUAAAAGGCACCUCUCCACUGGAUGUUAAAUGGUUCAAAGGAAGCGUUGAACUAGUGCCGGGACAUAGAUGCAACAUCUCCUUAGAAAAUGCAGUUGCACAACUGGAGCUGUUUGACGUACAGCCACUCCAAAGUGGAGACUACACCUGUCUGGUCACUAAUGAGGCUGGCAAAGUUUCUUGCACAACACAGCUCUUUGUAAAAGAACCAGCCAAAUUUGUGAAAAAACUGAAUAAUCUCAAUGUGGAGAAAGGAAAACCAUUAAUUCUGGAAUGCACGUAUUCUGGUACCCCUCCGAUUGCAGUUUUAUGGAAGAAAAAUGGAUACAAAGUAGUUCAUUCUGCAAAAUGCAGCAUCACCACCACAGAAACAUCUGCCAUUCUGGAAGUUCCCAGUAGUAAAAUAGAAGAUCAGGGACAAUACACUUGCCACAUUGAGAAUGAUUCUGGGCAAGAUAAUUGUCACUCUGCAGUCUCAGUAUUAGAACAACCUUAUUUUGUUACACGCUUGGAACCUGUUCAGGUGACAGUUGGGGAUUCUGCAUCAUUACAAUGCCAAGUUGCUGGCACACCAGAAAUUAUUGUAUCAUGGUACAAAGGAGAUACAAAACUAAGAGCAACUACUACCUCUAAAAUGUACUUUAAGAACAACGUUGCCACUUUGGUUUUCAGCCAGGUGGAUAGUGGUGAUAGUGGGAAGUAUACCUGCAAAGCAGAAAACAGUGUUGGAGAGGCUUCUUCAUCAGCUUUGCUUUCUGUUCAAGAGCGUAAAUUUCCUCCUUCAUUUACACGAACAUUGAGAGACAUUCAUGAAACUACUGGCUUGCCAGUUACAUUUGAUUGUGGCAUAACUGGCUCAGAACCAAUUGAAGUAUCCUGGUCUAAAGACGGCGUACAUAUCCGAGAUAGCUACAAUGUGCAAACCUCCUUCUUAAAUAACGUAGCAACUCUCCAGUUUUUGCAGACUGACAAGAGCCUUGCUGGGCAAUACACUUGUACAGCUUCCAAUGCUAUUGGAACUGCUUCUUCCAGUGCCAGGCUUGUGCUUACAGAAGGGAAGAAUCCUCCAUUGUUUGACAUCCCAAUUGCACCCGUGGAUGCUUUUGCUGGGGAUAGUGCUGACUUUGAAUGCCACAUAUCAGGAACACAACCAAUUAAGGUCACUUGGGCAAAAAAUAACCAAGAGAUACGGACUGGACGAAAGUACCACAUUAGUUAUGUAGACAACAUAGCUUAUUUGACAGUUCUGAACAUUGACAAUGCAGACUCUGGAACCUAUACAUGCCAUGCUAGCAAUGAAGUUGGAAAGGACUCUUGCGCAGCUCAACUUAGUAUUAAAGAACGAAAAAUUCCACCUAGUUUUACAAAGAAACUAUCUGAAAUAGUAGAAGAAACAGAAGGGAACAUCCUUAAACUUGAGGGCCGUGUUUCUGGUUCUCAGCCUCUGACCAUUGCUUGGUAUAAAAACAAUCAAGAGAUCUAUCAGAGUCCUAAUUGUGAAAUAUCAUUCCUAAAAAACACCAUACUUCUGCAAAUUAAGAGUGCAGGGCAGGCUGAUGCUGGCUUAUAUACCUGCAAAGUGUCCAAUGAAGCAGGAAGUGUAUUGUGUACUUCUUCCGUUGUUAUUAAAGGUUAGUUAAUUUCAUAUUUUGCCUCACUGUGGUGUUAGUUUUCUUUAUCAGCAUGUUAGCUGUCAAUAUACGUCUUCCAUAGCUAAUCAAAUAAUUCUCUUUAGGAGU